UAUAUAAAUCUAUUUCGGUUAUAUUCGGGUACUCGAGAUACUUCGGUUCAGAUCGAGUUCGGUUUCGGUUCUUUAGAUACCAAAAUUUUGAACCCGUUCGGAUAUUUAAUCAAUUUCGGUUCGGGUUCGGUACUACUUUUUCGGAUCGGGUUCGGUUCGGUUCUUCGGAUCCGGGUUCUUUGCCCGGCCCUACAUUUACUUAUGCUUUUUUCUGCGUUUGCCCUCGGGAACGUGGGAUAAUCAAAGUCCAUCCGCAAAAAUAACAAAAAAUAAUUCUGCGCCUUAUUACAUCAGAGAGCAAAGCAAGACUUGUUGACUUAGGGUUUGAGCCCCUGCAUAAGGAGUACUAAGGAGAGAUUUUGGGAUAUUUUUCUUCUUGGAGAAGUUCACUUUGACUUUUGGGUUACAGCUGAUCUACGCUUUAGAUCUCUCAAGAAACCAUUUCUUGGUUUGGGGAUUCAGAUCCAAGAAGAUGGUGAAAGGGAAGAUCGAGAUCAAAAGAAUCGAGAACUUGACGAGUAGACAAGUCACGUUCUCCAAGCGUAGGAAAGGUCUCUUCAAGAAGGCUCACGAGCUUUCUGUUCUAUGCGAUGCUCAAGUCGCCGCCAUUGUCUUUUCUCAGAAAGGAAGAUUAUAUGAUUUCGCUAGCUCCGACAUGCAGAAGAUGAUGGAGAGAUGUGAGAUACAUAGGAAUGAGUACUUUGGGGCAGAGAAUCUCCGGAAACAGCAAUAUGUGCAGGAGCUCAAGAAUGAAAUGGUGAUAAUGGCUGACAAGAUUGAACUUCUUCGACGUCAUAGCCGGAGGCUGAUGGGACAAGAUCAUUCGUGUUCGGUGGAGGAACUCAACGAGAUAAUUUCCAAAAUUGAGAAAAGUCUUACCAAUGUCAGAUCAAGAAAGGCUAAGUUAAAUGAAGAUAAGAUAGAGAAACUGAAAGAAGAGACUGCAAAAGAGAAAGAGGUCUUCAACGAGGGAAGUAGGCUGCGGCAAAUGUUUGAAGCACAGCCCUUGUGGAUGCAGUCGAGGAGCCUGAAGAGUGAGAAGAGUGCACCUUCGCGUGACUGUGGUAACAUGAACAUAUCGGAUGUCGAAACUGAUUUGUUCAUCGGAUUGCACCCUGAAAGUCAAAUGUAAAAUGAUAUAUUCGUAUCUUUAUCAACUGGUUCUUGUUUUCGUAUUGUCCGGACAAGUAUAGUUUUAAGUGGGGAUCGAUGUUUGAAUGAAUCGUGAAUAAGGUAGUGUAUAUAUAAGAAUUAUCUUACUACA